AUGAAGAUGCAGAUCAGGAGGGUGUUCGCUGCUGCAUUGGAGUUCAAUGCCGGAAGAAUAUGCCCGGAGCAGCUGAAAGUCAUUGCCCAGAAAGCAGAGUGGAAGUCGAGACGUCUUAUGCAGCCCAGCUUCAUUUCCGCCCAAGGCCUCAACAAUAACAGCAGUCGCUCAUUAUUCACUCGCCACCCGGCAACUUUAGAUGGCAGUAUAGGGGAGAGUCUUCUGGCCGAAAAAGAACGGCCCUGGAUGGUGAAUCACAAAAGCCUUCGUCUUAGCUCUGAUUUUGAUAAGAAGGAAGCUACCAGGAAGACUCGCUUGGAUGACAUUAUCAGGCAUGUCUUCGAGAAGCUCAAGCCAGAAGCAGCUGCGAGCUUGCGCCUGGAGACAGACGUCGAGUUCAUACACGGAGGUGUUCAGUCCAAGCGGAAAGAGUACAGCAUCUAUGGCGUGCCAUACUAUACUCUAUGGUAUGGAUCUGAACAAGACUUGGGUAUCUAUCUCAUCAUUGUACACACCAACAAGCCGGCCUUCUUCGAAAGUUCAGAGAUCCACACUUACAUGGGAAUGGUACAUGCCGCACGGAGACGACGAGGAGAGUGGAACUGUCGCGUGUAUGGCCUAGCGGCGAAUUCCCAAGACUUUUGGUUCUACCAUGUCGACAAUGGUGGCGAGGUGAGGAUUUCGUCCCACGUCAAUCAUACACGGAGCCGGUCUAACCCCUUCAGUGGUCGUACAUCCACUUGGAAGCUCCCAAAGAUUGUCCCUGGGGGAUUGCAGCUGUGUGAGGCCCCAUCAGACUACUAA